AAUUCUCAAGAGAAAAAGAUGCCCAAAUGUGUAGCCCACGGACCAGGAUGCCUUUGCGGCUUCCUUCUCCAAGGUUCUCCAUCUUCUGGAACCCUCCCGCCAUAGCCCUUCUUCUUCCACCUUCUUCAACCUCCACGCUUCCAUUUCUCUCACUCACAGUCUCCUCCGCCAUGGCCAUGGCCAUGCCCUUCUCUUCCUCCUCUUCCAAUACCCCCCUCGACCAAGACGAUCCGAACCUCUCGCAGGUCCUCAAAUACCACACCCAAACCAAGCACGCCUUCUCCAGCUACGCUAGAGGCCCCCACGGCCUCGAUUGGGCCAAUCAGCCGAACCCCUUCCGCCGCUACAUCGCCGCCCCUCUUCUCCCUCUUUCCCAUUUCCCGAUUCUCAAGCAAUCCGCCGCAUCGGAGGAUGUGAUCGAUGAAGCUCCUCGGUAUGAUUCUCUCUUUGUUUCGUUACCUAAUCCGAAAACUGUUUGUAAAGCCACAAUUUCUCAGUUCUUUUACGAUUCUUUGGCUCUUUCUGCUUGGAAAUCUACUGGGUUUUCCACUUGGUCGCUGAGAGUCAAUCCCAGUAGCGGGAAUUUGCAUCCCACUGAGGCGUAUUUGAUAUCUCCGCCUAUAAAAUCGAUAUCAGAUUCUGGGUUUGUCGCGCAUUAUGCUCCUAAAGAGCAUGCGUUGGAGAUUAGAGCUCAAAUUCCAGAUGGGUUUUUCUUUAAAUUCUUUCCUGAGAACAGUUUUCUUAUUGGGUUGUCGUCGAUUUUCUGGCGUGAGGCUUGGAAGUACGGUGAGCGAGCGUUUCGGUAUUGUAAUCACGAUGUCGGCCAUGCCAUUGCGGCGGUUUCCAUGGCUGCUGCAGGAUUGGGUUGGGAUGUGAAGGUUCUUGAUGGAUUGGGAUAUGAUGAUUUGAAGAAGCUCAUGGGGUUGCAUACAUUCCCCGAGUUUGAAAUCCCAUCCCGACCUGUGAAGGGUUCGUUUCCAGUGAUCGAAUUCGAGCAUCCUGAUUGUGUUCUUGCUGUUUUUCCUAAUGGUACUGCUGAUUUUACCUUGAAUUACGAGGAAUUGAGCUCUGCAAUACAGGAAUUCACUGAGUUAGACUGGAAAGGAGAGGCAAAUUUGCUCAGCAAACAGCAUAUAUGUUGGGAUAUAAUUUAUAGAACAGCCAUGGCUGUAGAGAAGCCAUUAACAGGUGAAUGCAGAGCUUUAGUUCAUCCAUUUGAGAGCAGUGGGGUUAUUGGUGAACGUCCAUACAAGGAUUUUACAGUGAGGGAAGUCGUGAGGAAGCGCAGGAGCGCAGUCGACAUGGACGGUGUCACAUCGAUAACAAGAGACACGUUUUAUCAGAUUCUUUUACAUUGUGUGCCUUCGGGUUCUCGUGGAGGGGAGAAGCAAAGGGAAGGAUUGGCAUUGCCGUUUCGAGCUCUGCCAUGGGAGGCUGAGGUUCAUGCUGCUAUGUUCGUUCACAGGGUGGUGGGAUUGCCACAGGGUCUGUACUUUUUGGUGAGAAAUGAAGAUCAUUUUGAUGAGCUGAAGAAAGCUACUAAACCAGAUUUUAAGUGGGUGAAGCCUGAUGGUUGUCCUAGUGAUCUCCCUCUGUAUGAACUACAUAGAGGUGAUUAUCAGGCACUUUCCAAGCGACUGUCAUGCCAUCAGGAUAUUGCCAGUGAUGGUUGUUUCAGCCUGGGAAUGAUUGCUCAUUAUGAGCCUACGCUGCGGCAAAAAGGUGUUUACAUGUAUCCUCGACUCUUUUGGGAGACUGGAGUUCUUGGGCAGGUGUUAUACCUUGAAUCUUAUGCUGUUGAUAUAUCUGCAACUGGAAUUGGUUGCUUCUUUGAUGAUCCUGUGCACGAAACACUAGGGUUGAAAGGAUCAAACUUUCAAAGCCUGUAUCAUUUCACCGUUGGAGGUCCUGUCUUGGACAAGCGAAUAAUGAGCCUACCAGCAUAUCCUGGCCCCAACGUGGAUGCUUAACUGCAAGGUUAUUUUCUCUCACUGUAUAAUAAUAUUUCAAAGCCUUAAAAGAACAAGGGACUUUCGUCCUCAUAAUCAGAGUCUUAGCGUAAAAAUGGAAGCAAAUUGCUUCUUUAGAUAAUAAAACCAAACUACUGCCGAUAACAAGUAAAUUCUCAUUGUUCUAGCUUAGGAUGAGUCAGUAGUGCAAGUGUCGAAGCUCACUAUUAGUA